CCCUACUUACUUUUUCUAUCUUACAAAAGAAUCAAGAAACUCUCUCGACUUCGCAGAUACUGAGCAAACUCUAACCAUGCCUCUCGUCGUUCCCGGAAUCAACAACACCUCUGGUGGUGCCAGCCAAGAGGAGUGGCUCAACAAGCUGGCGGGGAAGAAACUCACUGAGUCGUCGAGUGAUGUGACUUCAUUUGCGAAGAAGGACCUCCCCCAGCAACACCGUGUGCUCAAACCUGGUGAUGCUAUGACAAUGGAUAUGAGGCCAGAGCGGAUGAACAUCCACUUGGGUGACGAUGGCACUGUUCAUAAUGUGACCUUUGGUUAGAGGGUGAUACUUGAUGUCUGGAUUACGACUUAUAAAGAUGUGAUGUGACUUGUUACGAUAUUAUUAUUAUGGGACGAUCUUUUAUGUACUAUUCUGAGAGGGAUGUAUUGAAAUAAUGUUGUUCUUUAUAGUGUGA